AUGUUGUUAUUCUGUCACAAGCUGGCUGGAGCCUUUCUUCCAUUCCUCAUCCUUUCAGGAAAUUGGGUUUCAUCUGAGAACAUCAACUUUUACGAUGUGAGACCUCCACUAGACCCCACUCCAUUUCCAAACAGUUUUAAGUGCUUUACCUGUGAUAACGCAGUGGACAAUUACAACUGUAACAGAUGGGCUGAAGAUAGAUGGUGUCCUGAAAGUACUCAGUACUGUUUGACAGUUCAUCUCUUCACAGACCAUGGGAAGAGUACAUCAGUCACCAAAAAAUGCGCUACUGGAGAAGAAUGCCAUUUUGUAGGCUGCCACCAUCACAGAGAAAGUGGUCACACA